AUGGGUUGUGGCAAUUCCUCAGCCGCCAGCACGUCAGGAGGGGGACCUGCAGAAACUUCCAAAGAUUUGACAGAAGAACCCUCACCAGACGAUGAGAAAAGAAGGAACUAUGGCGGGGUGUAUGUAGGUCUGCCAUCUGACAUGACCACUGUGGCAGCCAGCCAGUCCAAGUCCACAGGCAAAGAUCUGGACAGCAAAACCAGAGCAGUCGGUGGCUGUGGGGAGAACGUGAGCAUUUGGACCAACAUCUUGGACUAA